AUGGUGUGGGGGAAAAGGAAUUAUUUUAUUUCUCCUGAUUCGUUCAGGAGCUUUCGUUAUUAUUUUCCUAAGAAUUUUGAAAGAAGAACGAAAGAAGAGAGGAAUGUAUUUUACUUAAGCGGAAGGAAGAAUUCAAAUGAUUCCUUAUUUAAUAAAAUAAGAAUAAAUGAAAAAAGGGAAAAGAAUUUUUGUAAUUAUAAUUUACACCAAAGGACUUUUUGUAGAUAUUCACAAGAAAAUAUAUUUAAUAAACAAAAAAAAAAGAAAAAAGAAAAAAUCAAUAUGAUAAAUAGAAAUGGAGAUGGAGAUGGACAAACAAAUGUUUUCUCUUCAUUAUCUUGGUUAAACGUUAAAUAUGAUAUAUUAGAAAUGUAUAAAAAAAAGAAUAUUUAUAAUAUGGUGAUAAGAAAAAAAUAUUUGAAUAAUAUAUAUAUAUAUUGUAAUGAUUUAAAAAAUAAAUAUGUAAAAAUUUAUAAGAUAUAUUAUAAAAAAUAUUUAUAUAUGGAAAUAAAAGAAAAAACAUUUUCAAACAUUACAAAGAUAUUUACAAAUAUGUGUAUGUAUAAAAAUUAUGUAAUAAAUAAUAUUAUAAGAAAUAAAUUAAAAUGGACAAAUAUUGAAAAGUGUUUAAAGAAUAUUCGAUUUAAUUAUAAUAAAAGGAAUAUUUUUUUAUUUGAAAAAAUAUCUUCUCUAUAUAAAAACAAAUCAAAUAUACAUAAAAAUAUAAAUAUAAAUGAAAACAUAAAUAAAUAUACAAUAUAUUAUAAAAAUAUAUUUUUAUAUCAUUAUAAAUUAUCACCAGUAACAUAUACUUUAAUUUUAUUACAUAUAUUUGUAUAUUUCUUAUGGAAUAUUGCAGAACCUUCAAGAAACUCUUAUAAUUAUUAUUAUAUAAAUAACUUCAAACAUAAUAAUUAUAAUAAUAAAAACAAAUAUACAUCUCCCUUAUUAAGUACAGAUACAAUGUAUAAGUAUUUCUCUUGUAGUUUACAAAAUUUAAAAGAAAAAAAAUUAUAUACCUUAGUAACAAAUUUAAUUAGCCAUAAUACUAUACAAUCAUUUUUAUUAAAUACCAUAUCUUUAUAUUAUAUAGGAACAGCUUUAGAAAAAAUUAUUCAAUCCAGAAAUUUUUUUAUAACAUAUUUAAUCAGUGGUGUUCUUUCAUCAUAUAUACAAAUAUUAUAUCAUAAAAAUAAUUAUAAUAAUAUUUAUGUAUUCGGAGCUAGCGGAAGCAUAAGUUCCAUAUUAUCAACAUACACUUUUAUGUACCCUUCUCAAAACAUAUACCUCUACGGGGUAUUAGCCCUUCCCUUGGCAUUAUUUUCAAGUUUGUAUUUCCUCAACGAAAUAUACUGUGUCCUUUCUAACAGACAAGAUAACACUGGUCAUAUUGCUCACUUGACCGGCAUGGGACUCGGUUUGAUUUACUAUUAUUUCUUUAUUAAAAGGGGGAGAUUACUACGAUAA